AUGGUGUUUUGGGUGACGCUAUUGAACGUUUUCACGGGUGUCGCCGAUAUUCUGCUUCGCCUCAGCCCAGUGCCAGACAUAUACAAUGUCCACCGCAACAAAAACAUCGGUGAAAUGGCUGAACUGCCGCUUAUUACGAUGGUUAUCAGUUGCCAUUUGUGGAUAACAUACCGUUACGUCACGAACAGUUUCUUUCGUAUCAUGGGCUCUCAGCUCUUCGGUGAGAUCUUUGGUAUCGUAUACAACAUUAUCUACUAUCGGUGGAGCCCCGAGAAAAAACGCGUACGGCUCCGCAAGCUAUACUUGAUGGCCUUUGCAGUGUGGUGCAUGAUCACACUCUACGUGGUUUUCGGUGUCUCGGGUGUCUUCGACCAAAACAAGUCUGAGGUUGGCAAGUCUCUAGGAUAUGCUGGAUGUGCUUUCAGUCUCUCGAUGUUCGCGUCCCCAUUGGCCACGCUCAAACACGUAGUCAAGACCAGGAACUCCGCUUCUAUCCCGAUUAACAUGUGCACCAUGAUUCUGAUUUCCAGCGCGCUGGGGGCAGGCUCGGGUUAUCUAGAUGACGACUAUUUCGUGGCAGUGAUCAAUUUAAUCGGCGUCCUAUUGAGCUGCAUACAGAUAGUCAUCUACUUCGUAUACAGGCCCCAAACGAGUACUGACGUGGCAGUGCACCUAAGUGAUGCGACGUUAAGCGUACUGUCUCCGAAGUCGAAGGCACAUAGCACGAUUCUCGUCGAGAGCCCUGUGUGUUACAAUAUUUCGUUGUCGCCGCUGGUAAGGGAGAAAGCAGCAGACCAAUAA